CUGUAGCAGUCAAAUUCGGUUCUUUUUUUCCCCCUCCUCCUCUCUUUUCCUUCAUGCAGGAUGGUUUUCUGAGUUCAGGAUUUCAGUGUCGUUUUUGAAGGUACUGAAGCAUCUGCUACCCAGUGCUCUGGUGAAUGUAUCAUGUGGAUUUUCCUGGCCUCACAUGAGACUGGAGUUCUUCACUAAAGAUGGAUGAUUUUGCUUUACUUGACCUGUUGGAAUGUCCUGUGUGCUUUGAAAAGCUAGAUGUCACAGCCAAGGUGCUACCAUGCCAGCAUACCUUCUGCAAGCCUUGUCUACAGGGAAUAUUGAAAUCCCAAAAUGAGCUGAGGUGUCCAGAGUGCAGAACUCUAGUCUUCUGCAGUAUUGAAGAGUUACCAUCCAACUUGCUUCUAAUUCGCUUACUGGACAGCGUCAGAUAUGGACAAAAUGUUAUGAGGUUUGGCUCAGUCCAAAGAUCUCGGGUCCUGACUUCUCCUGCCUCAAUCAGGAGAGACAGGGGAGACCCAAGAGGUUUACAACUUAAUCAGUACAGGCUGGCACCAAAUCCCAGGAUCCAGGUGGAAGGGGUUCCCCGGGCCAGAGCCCUAUACAGCUAUAGAGGACAAAACCCUGGUGAACUGAGGUUCAAUAAAGGGGACAUCAUCAUAUUGCACCAACAGCUGGAUGAAAAAUGGUACCUGGGAGAGAUCAAUGGGGUCAGUGGCGUUUUCCCAACCAGCUCAGUGCAGGUUAUCAAACAACUUCCACAGCCACCACCCUUGUGCAGAGCACUUUACAACUUUGAUCUGAGAGAGAGAGAUAAAAAUGAAAAUAAGGACUGCCUGACAUUUCAUAAGGGUGAUAUCAUCACAGUAAUUAGCCGAGUUGAUGAGAACUGGGCAGAAGGCAAGUUAGGUGAUAAAAUAGGGAUAUUCCCCAUCCUGUUUGUGGAGCCAAACAUGACUGCAAGACAACUCCUACAGACAAAGAAAAGCGAUCGAUCCUCCCCGUUUAAAUAUUCAUCACCCUUAAGGACAGCCUCUCCCAGAGCGAAAGGCACAGAGUCACCAACCUUCCGCAAGGUAUCAGAAUCUAGGAGGAAGAGCCUGAGACCAUUCUCUAUCACAAGCGCCUUGAAUUCACUCAACAGGAUGGUCCACUCACCCACAGAGCGGCAGACACUGGAAAUCAGCUCUCCAGUGCUCAUCAGCUCCAGUAAUCCGACUGUGGCAACCCAGAGCAGUGAGAAAGUAGAAUUCCCAUAUGGCACCCCUGUCCAGGUCAGUGCUUCUUAUUAUACUGCACCAGGAUCCCUGGGGCACUCAACUGCCAUCGUCACCCUUCCCCAUCUUCAGCAACACAUAUCAGCUAAUAUGUGCGUCGCUCUACACUCCUACACUGCUCAUGGACCGGAGGAGCUGGAUUUGCAGAAGGGAGAAGGUGUUCGUGUUUUCGGGAAGUACCACGAAGGCUGGCUCAGGGGGAUGUCAUUGGUCACUGGAAGAGUUGGGAUCUUCCCCAGUAACUAUGUCGUCCCCCUUUUCAGGAAGUCACCCAAUUUCACUGAAUCCAGGAUGACUUCUCUGAAUGCCACUUGGACGUUAUCCACUGCCUCACUGUCCUCUCAGGGGAGCAUCUCAGAGAAUGGCCCAAGGCAAAGCAGGCCUUUGAAAUCGGCUUUCAUGCCCAUGGUUCUGAACUCGCCACUGAGAAACGUAGCUGUGCCGACCACCUCAGGACAAACGUCACUGAGGCGAGGACGUGGCAGUACUAGGAAGAAUGGAUCACUGCAGAGACCUGUGCAGCCCAGAGCUCUCACUCAGGCUGUUGGAUCCCUCAGUCGCGCUCCAGCUGCCACAGUGCGGCCCCAGCAACUUCAGCUUUACCAGCAUGUCUCCUCUCAGCCCCAUGGCACCCCUGGCAUGGUGGACCCAGGAGCCAGGCCAAGCGCCUCCCAUGAUGCUUCAUUGCUGCUUGUGCCCAGGGCGGGUGAAAGCAGAUCUCCUUCUGUAUGUAGCUCAGUGAUCCUGGAUGCCAAAGAAUCCCCAGCAAAAAGUGAACCGGCUCCAAAGCCACCUCCAUCAGCUCCGCCCUCCAUCCUGGUGAAACCAGAUACCUCCCGGAACAGCACCGAAAAGCAAGUGAAAACAGUGAGAUUUCAGACCUACAGCCCACCUCCGUCCAAGCGACACAGCUCACAGCCAUCACCAAACCAUCCAGGUAGCAAAACUGAGCAGGGCACAGCCACAGAGGCAGCCCAGCCAGAAGCAAACACCCUGGGCCCUGACAUGACAGCUCUCUAUUCACACCGAGUCAGCUCCAGCCCAGUGCAUCUGAGGAGGACGCUGCACCCAAAGACAUCAUCGCUGGAUCUUUCUGUCCAGGCGGGGCAACUGACCUUCCCUAUCAAAAAGAACUACAGCAGCGUUUCUGAGAAUUGACAGGUUUUUUCCAUUUAAUUGCUUUUCUUUUCAAAUGGGGUUUUCCCCUUUGUGAUAAAACAAGCCCCCCAAGACCUCACACCAACCUGCCACCACUUCCACUUCUCCUUACAGGAGCUAGAGAUCCAGUCAGGAACUUACCAGACCCCAGUUCCAUGGGGAGCAAGGCCUCCUUCAGGCACUCACAAUAUCUGCAGGUGGCCAGCCAGUAACUUGGGGGUCUCUGUGGAACCGGGAUGGGGUCAGCAACUCUCUAUAAUCUUAUGGUAAAGUCUCAUUUUAAAUGCAUAUGACCCACAUCCAUCUGUAUGUCAUGGCAAUGCAUCCAAUGUCAUCAGCCCACACUGCCCCAGUGAGGAGAUGUAAGGACCACAGAUCAACAUGGAAUGAGUUUUUGGUCCCUGCAAAACCAGUGUUCUCUGGUAUCCUCCAAUAUCUUGCAGCCAGCCUUAUAGAAAAGUGGAAGAGGGAAGAAGUGUGCAUAUAUCAGAAAUAGUUAAACCUUUUUGGUAUCCUCUCUGCUAUGAAAGCCCAUAGAGAUCAAAACUCUGGUUCAUUACCUUUCUCAGCUCUACAGGAUAAAGGAACCAUAAAUCAAAUUCAGGCAGUUCCUGGAUGAAUUUUCAAGUUCACCUUUGAUGGGUUUUUGCUUCAGUUUUUGAGCUUGAGAGUAGAGGUAAUUUUCUGGGGCGAUAACCCUGCCCUGCAAUCAGUACUAAGCUGCAGCUGUUUAUGACAGUCAUUGAGUCCUUGCAGUCAUGUGAUUUGGAUCUUGCUUCUGCUGAUUUGGUUGUUUUUUUUCUGAUUUUUGGACAGGAUAGGCAGCACCUGCUAGAUGCCUGUGAUUCGGCUGCAAUGCUAUUUCCCCCUAUUUAAAUCCUAAAUGGAUUUUUAAAAAUCCAGGUCCAUGUUGAGGUUUGUGAUGUCUAGGUAUACAGCAAAGACCCAGAUGUGAAGGGCUAGGUGACUAAGGAUACAUAUAAUAUAUUUUGCAACCCUUUCACAAUAACAAGGCUUGGUAUUAAACAGGAAGGUGGGUGUAUUUUGUAGCUGGAAGGGGUUGGACAAAGACAACAGAACCAGUCUUUAGAGCUGUCACUUUAAAGUACAUCCACGCCCACUUUGAUCUCCUCACAUCACUAUCUCUCUCCAUAUCUUGGGUAUAUUUAGGAUACCUAUCACCAUGGCAUCAAAGCACUGAAACACCGUGCGCAAAAACUCUGAUUGAGAUAUCUCCUGGCCCAAAAUAACUACAUGCUAUUUUACCAAAGUGCCAAUUUCACUGUCAGUAUUUCCUUUCCCUGUCACUGCUCAGGACUCAAAGCAUGUGUGUGUGUAAGCACAAAGCCCCCUCCCUUUCGAUCAGCCUGAUUCUGCUAGUGCUGUCACGACACAAUGGGAACAAGGUCCAAGUUCACAAGAGUUUUGAUCACGUUGAAUAUGUGGCACUUGUUUGGGUGUAUGCACCAUUCCAUAUUCAGUAUCAUAUAAUGGAUCAUUGUGUGGCUUUGCAAACUCGUGUUUUUCACAGGUGAUAUGAAACCUCACUCACCUCACUGUAUCUUAUCAUUCACAUGGAGAGAGGUGGUUUCUUCAUGAAAGGGAAGCUCCUGAACUGAUGCUAAUACAAGCUGGAUCUGGCUAGUGUAGGUAUGGUUUUGAGGAAGGACUUUAGUGGUUUAUUCAAUUGUAAUGGUUUGAUUUUCAGAAGUGCUGCUGAGCAC